AUGGUAUAUCAAUUAUUGUUCUCAAUUGGCUUGCUUGGCCUGAGUGUAUGCUGGUCGGGCUUAGCGCUUGGAAUCACAGGACAUGUUUAUUUACAUAUGACUUAUAGUACAAGUGAUUCUCCGCUGGCUGAACUAUUUGUUACAAAGAAAUUUAUAUGUGCUGCACAAUGUGCAUAUCAUUUUCUUACAUGCAAUACUGCUGUUUUCAUCGAUGGUUCUACUCCACGUUGUUUGUUAUACAGUGAACCAUUAAUUCGAGCAAAUCUUGUUACUGCUAUGCAGGCAACAGUGUACGAUUUUAUAGAAGAGAAACUUGCAAUCACGACAACAACGUCGACCUCACCCAUUAUUGAUACAAGCUCUACGCCAACAUCAUUACCUAUGACUUCAGAAACGCCAUUCUAUUUCAGCGGAGUCCUACGCAACGUCAGUUUACUGUCAGUACAGCAGCCGUGGACUUUAUGUUAUACGGCAACAUACUCAACACCGUUGAGUGCAGCUGCCAUAAGCUCGGUACUGACUCUAUGCUAUCAAAAUAAAUUAUUGCUUGGAUGUCUACCGAUAGGAAGCUUAACUCUAACAGUAGCAGCGAUGGGGAAUCGAUCAGAUGUUUUAUUCAAUUGUGGUACUUCGAUGAAUUGUACUCGUCAAGCUAAUGGUGUUAGUUGGUAUUAUUCGAAUUCCUAUUCUUGGGGUUUUGCAAAUGGAAAUGAUGCAGUGACACGCGCACCGUGUGAUCUCGAGUCCACCAACGAUGAUUCUCGAUUAUGCUGGCAUACGCAAGGCUAUGGCGGAUUUCGAUGUGGUGCAACAAUCAAUCUCAAUUCGAGUUCAUCCUGGUCGAAAGUUAUUUAUCAAUCAAACUGA